AAUAAUUAUAAAGUACUAGAUUAUACGUCAAUAAAUAUGAACUUAUUUGUACCCUCGUAAUAUAUUAUUUGUGCAUUGUACACGUAUUAAUGUUUGUACAGAGAUAUAUAUAGUUAGUGAAUAUGUUGACAAGCGUUUCCGGUAAAUUGACGAUUUAACAAAACUGAAUAAUACUUUUAUUAAUCUAAUAUAUUAUGAUAUUAUAUUUAAGUAGGUUAUCAAAUUAUUAUUAUUAAAAAUAUUUAGAAAAAAAUACAUUUCUGUAAAAAGGCCGUAUUGAAAAAUGAUUAGGUACAGAAUGCCUUCCCGUUUUGCCGUACUCGGCGCUCGAGCGCUGGUGUUGCAGUUGUAGACUGUAUUGUCAAUGCGUUAGUUUUUUGGCUGCCAUUUUGUUUUCAGUUCAUGUUCCGACAUGUUCUUUUGCGUUCAUUAGUUCCCGAAUUCAACAGUAUACGACAGGAGUAGUCAUGAAAAAUAUUUAUUUAGAAUUAAAUGUUUUUGAAGUGUUUUUAUGGUGUAAUUAGUUCAUUAAUUAAUAGUUUCUUUAUAUUUUUUUAAAGAAAAAGACUUCAAAAUGGAUUUGGACUACGAUCGCAAGUUCGACGAGAUGAAGAAGUAUGUACCAUUCUUGGAGAGUAUGAUCAAGAAACUGGAGAUCACCAGUACAGGAUCAUCGAACCCCCGGCAGGCGCAGCUUGAUAAGAUCAGGUCACUGAGGGAUCUACUUCUAGACAAAAAGAAAAGAAUGAAAAUGGAUAAUUUAUUGAAAUGCGAACAAGUUCUGGUUAAUUUGUACGCUAAAGUGGAACAGAAAGAUUCAUCGUCUAGUAAGGAAACAGCAGAAAAAUUAAAGUCGAAGGAAAUCGCAGAGUUAGAAGUCGUUCGGAACAAAUUAAAAGCUGUAGCGAAAAGAAAGGAAGACGAUUCCUUGCCGGAAAUAGCUGGUGCCAACGAGAUUCCUGAAACUAGUAUGGCUGGAAGUAAGGAACCAGCGUUGUUCCAAAGGAGACCAAAUAAAAAUUCUCUUUCUCCAAGGCGUCAUAUAUCUCGUGCCAAGUAUUGUUCUCAUGAAAUGUCAUCAAAACGUAAUUACACUCGCAUAUUGGUGUCUCCAGAAUCUAGUCCACAGCGUUGGUCUAGUAACGAAAGUAGAACGUCAGGUAGGCCUCUUUUUAGUAGACGAUCACCUAGAAAGUCUCCAAAAAGACAUUCACCAACAUAUAAAAGGGAACGAAAAAAAUCUAAGUCUUCGCGCAAACAAGAAGAUUUAAAUAUUACAUUAAAAGUACCAGAGGAAAGUUUGAAUUCCUUGAACACGACAAACAUUAUCUCUAGAAUUAUUACUUGCAGUGAUGGGGAUGUCGACAUUGAGACUUUAAGAAUGUUAAGAGAGCAAAUACUUAAUGAGUUAAAAAACACUGGAGCCACCGAAGAUAUAUCUGAGUUGAUCUUACAAAGUAAUUCUAAGAAAAAGAAGCCAAAAGAGAAAGUGGAAGUAGAGGAAGGGGAACUAUCUGAUAGUGAAAGUGAAGCCAUUGAAAGUAUAUAUGGCAGUCUUGUCAUUUUAGACAAAGAACAGAAAACUUCAGGACAUAAAACUAAUAAAGAAGAUAUAAAACCUCGUAAAAUUCAAAUUCGUCUUGUAAUAAAUUCCGAUAAAGAUCUUAAAAGCAAUAACGAUUUAGUUCCAUCAGGUAAAACUGUGGAACCAAAUGAAUUCGAUAAGUUCGAUUUCGAAAUGUAUCAAGCAGAUAAACCCGAUGAAAGUAAGUCUAAUACGAAUGAUAGUGUUAAUAAAGAUAUAUCAUUAGUUGAAAUCUCUGAAAGUAAAUGUGCCUCAAGUCAAAUUACUAUAAACGAUACUGAAAUCAAUGAUGCGAAAAAUUUGGAAAAAAAUCCAGCAAACGAUUCGAAUAAUAGUGAUGAAUCAAAAGUCAGUGAAGGUUUCGAGUUAAAGAAUUUAACUAAUACAUCAGAAACUACAGAGAAAACUAUAUUUAAACCCAAUUUUUAUAAACCAUUGACAGAUCAAGAUCCUUCUGCCGAUAGUAUUGAAACUAAUAAAUCAAAUCAAGAUAAAGUGGAUAAAACUUUGACCCCAGAUUCAGAGAAAAAAGGCAACAUACCAGAAGUUGUUACAUCAAAUGUGACAGAUAAGGUUUCCAAUACGAUGAAUAAAGAUGUUGAAAUACCAUUAUUGAAUGAACGAAGUGUAGCUUCGCAUCAACCAAAAGAAAGCGUGGUUUCAGAAAUAGAUAUUCUACAAGCUCUCAAAAAUGAAAUUUUAAGUGAAUCUAUAGCUAUUCCUGGCACUGAUGCUGCAACUCCUCCUUUACAUCAACCAAAGAUUACUAAGGUAGCAAGCGCUCAAGAGAUUGCACCGAAAAAAAGGAUAUCUAUAGAAAACUAUAAAAAAAAAUCUAGCAGUUCAGUAACUACAGUAUUUCCUUCAAAAGAAACUUCAUCCACGUCUAAUAAAGAUGAACAAACUAAAAAACAAAGUCUUAAGCUAACUGAUAAAGAAUUUCAAAGAUUUAAAUCAAUUCUAAACGAUAUCGUAAGUUCUGAUGAUGAUGAUAAUACUAAUGAUUCAAUUGCUUCUGUUGAAGAUGUUUAUGCUGAUCUUGCGCCUAAAUCACCGGACGAUGAUCAUAGUAUUCAUAUUGAAAGUAAUACUCCCAUUAUAAUACCCAUAGAUCCGGUAAAAUCAGUCGAAGUCAAUGCAAAAGCAGAUAUUGAUAUGAGAAAAAUGAAUCCUCUACCAUCCCCGCAGUACGAUUUGAAACAAUCUGCAAAUGAUAUUUUAACUUCUAAGGAUGCCACGAAAUUUGAUAAAAAUAAUUCAGAAAAAACUAGAACAUUAUUAGUAGAUCCCCGGAUGAAAAAAGUUUUUGAUAAUACUUCUAAAGAAAAUCUUAAUCAAUAUGCACAAAAUCCAGAUAGAACACCUCAACAACCUACUGUUAAUUUCCCUAUUAUGGCGCCAACAAUAAUACCGAAUAUUAUUCCAAACAUAACUCCGAUUAUGACUCCGAACAUAACUCCGAGUAUGACCCCAAGUAUGAUGACCCCAAGUAGGACUCCCAGUAUGACGCCUAGGCCUUUCGAAAUAAGUCAUCAAUCAUUUGAAAUUGAGGAUCAACCAAAAAGAAAACAUGUUUACACAUCACUGUAUGAUACACGUGAUAAUAGAGAUCAGUCUAUAACUAGAGACACUAAGAGUUCUCAUUGGGAAAAACAGGAAAAUACUACAGAAAAUCGAAGCAGCAGAUGGGAUGCAUCUGAGAUGAAGGAUUCCAGAAAGUGGGAUGAUCAUUCAAGAAGUGAAUCUGUACACAGAGAGUCACAAGACUUUCAAAAGUACACCAGGCAUAAUGAUUCAUACAAUUAUAAACAAUAUAAAAAUUCUAGAAAUGACAGAUAUAGUUUUGACAAAAGAGAUGAGCGCCAUAAUAGAUUAGAUCAAUCAACGCCUAGUCAUACCUUUGGAAGAUCCGAAUGCCCGCCGACACCUACUCAUACGUUUGGCAGAUCAGAUUGUCCGCUCACACCCAAUCACCCAUUUGGAAGAUCCGAGUGCCCGCCAACACCUAGCCACCCAUUUGGUAGAUCCGAAUGUCCGCCAACACCUAGUCACCCGUUUGGUAGAUCCGAAUGCCCGCCAACACCUAGCCACCCGUUUGGAAGAUCCGAGUGUCCACCAACUCCAGGCCAUUCGUUUGGUAGAUCUGAAUACCCACUAACACCCAAUCAUCCUUUUGGCAGGUCAGAAUGUCCACCAACACCUAGUCAUGUUUUUGGCAGGUCUGAAUGUCCUCCAACACCUAGUCAUACAUUUGGAAGAUCAGAAAUCGUAGGUUCAGAUUUGCCUAUGACUCCUAGUCAUCCAUUCGGUCGGUUAGACCGAGAUCCUAGACUCAAAAGGAAUUCAGACUAUGAAUCAAAAUCUCAAAGUGAAGAUAAAGAACACGGUUACUAUAGAAAUCGAAAUAAGCAGUAUGGUUCUUAUAACAAUUCGUAUAAAAAUACAGAUAAUUACAGGAAUUAUAGAGAUAAAGGCGAUGGGAGAAAUGGGAGAAAUAGAUAUUACUCUCAAGAUCAAAAUGAACGUCAUUAUUAUAAGGAUUCGAAUUCACGGGAACUGUAUUCUAGGGAUGGUAGGUCAGUUGGAACUGAUUAUUAUGAUAAAGAUGAAAAUAUUGAAAUUCGACAAAGCCGUCAUCGUGAACAAAGUGACGGACGAAGUAUACCUUUAGAAAGAACGUUUGUAAGAUCGUCAUCACGAGCUCGCAGUGUCGCGAGAAGUUUUGAAAUAGAUAAUGACAAUACAUUGUCUAUAAAAUCUCAUGCCGGGCGUUCAUUUACCAUUGAUACUAGUGUAAACAGAACAUUUCAAGAUUUUUUAAAUAAAAAUAACCAUGAUAAAGUAAUCGAUUUUACUUUUGAUGUUAGACGACAAAGGGCUGCAAGUGUAGGACGAUCGUGUUCAUCUAACCGUGACACUAGUGUUGGAAGAACUUUGCCACGUUCCUUUCAAUCAUUUCAUUCAUCUACGCAUGAAAAUGUCAAUAGAAAUUUCCGUCGAGCGCGCAGUGUAGUUAGAUAUACAGAGGAACCUAAAAUGAAUAGAAGUUUCAGUGAAAUCAAAGCUGAUUUUGAGUCUUACAAAUUAAAAGCACAUGAAAAUGAGAGCGAAAGCAUCGGUCAUGAUAAUGUUCAAUCAAAAAGAGCCGGUACUAGAAAUGUUAUCGCAAAAACCAACUAUGAUGCUUAUAGUACUAAAAGCACAAAAAGUUAUUCGAAAUUAUCUUAUUCUCCAAGAAAAAAUAAUAGGGAUCCUAGAUUACACCGCGAAUCUCAUUUUGAUCAAAGUAAUUACAGAAAUGAUAAAAACAAGGUAUUUCGUGAACGAAAUAAACAUGGUAUCAUCUAUUCUAAUGACAAUAUUGCUAGUGGUUCUAUAUUAGGUUCUGGUUACGGCGUUAAAAAUUAUAAAAUUCCAAAGAUAAAACGUGUACUUGAAAUUGAACCUACAAAAGAAUUAUCUGAGAAAUCUAAAAAUACUGAAAUAAAACAGCCUGAAAAGAAAUUGGAAGAUAAAAUAAAGGAAAAUGUUAUUAGUCAAAAUAAAAAUGACCUAGAGUGUAAGAAAAUUUCAAUAGAAAGAAAGUCCAAAAAAACUGAACAAACAACUGUAGAUGUUUCUAAAUCAAAUACACAAAUAGAAACUACUGAAAAGAGAAUUACAAGGUCAAAUACAAAAGAAAGUGAGUUAUUAUCUCGGAGCCAACAUGUUACAAAAUUUAAAAGACGAAUUCGGGUUUAUGACUCUGACUCUGACGAUAAUUCAAAACAUAGCGAUACUAACUGUAAUAAACAUUCGAAUAUUGAAAAUGAAAUGCAAGAAAGGAACAAGACGAAUGAACAAGACUUGGAUUCUAGUUUUGGUGUAGAUGAUUUAGAAAUGUUUUCUGACAAUAUUGGAGACCCUGUACUUGAUAAUAUCAAUGCUUUGAUAGCAGAUUUGGACGAUGAUCUAAACGCUCCUAAAAGUAAUAGUAAUAAUAAUUUUAGUAAUGAUAUAAGCCUUGAAAAUAUGUUAGAAAACAUUACGAGUCCAGUAAUCGAAAGUCCUAAUAAACAAAAUGCGGACGAUAUAGCUCUAAGUGAUAUCACGGAAAUAAUAAAAAAUGAUGCACAUGAAAAUAAUGAAAUACUGAACGAUGAUUCGAAUUUAUCUACUUCUACUAAUAAUGCUACUUCAGAUAUAUUACAGGAAUCUCAAAUUAGUCCUAGUAAGAAAAAUCAUAACAAAGAUUCUACAAAAACACUUGCUCUUGAAAAUGCUGGUGUACAGAGUACCGGCCAAAAAGAACCAUUAUUUACAGUUAAAGACGGUAACGAAGAUUACGUGUCUACAACAGAAAUUGAUUCUAAAGUUCAUAAAAAAGUAGAAGACGCUAUAGUAGAUCAAGAUAAUAAUAAAAGUAGUGGUCCUUGUUCAAUACCUGACAGUACGAAUAAUGUUAUUUCAUCAAAUAAACCUAUUAUGGAAGAUGGUUUACCAGAUAGUACUAAUGAAAUACAGAGUGAAAUGAAUAUUACUUCCACCCACGAUUCAAGUGAAACGGUGAAAUGUUCUGUACAACAAACUUCGUCAAAUAAAAGUUUAGCUCCUGUAGUCGAUUCUAUAGGUAGUAUAUUAUCGAUUUUGCAAAAUAAAUCAAAAAUUAAAGAAUUAUUGAGUAUGUUAGAUGAUCAAACAACCGAUAAUGAGAAAAUUAAAAAGAAACUUGAAAAAUUAAGUGAAAUUGUUUCUGAUGAUGAAGAUACUAAAGAUGGUACAGAUGAGACUGGCACUAACAAAAUAUUAAAUAUAGAACCAUCUAAAGCUUGUGAUGACAAUGAUGCGACUUCAAGUAAAGAAACAAUAGAUACAUAUAAAAAUACAAUAUCUGAAAACAUUGAUAUAGAAGUACAUGCAGAAAAUCCUGUAACGCCUGAAACAUUUGAGAACAAUGAAACAAUUUGUGAUAACAAAGAAAUAUGUGAAAAUAAAGAAGGAAUGUCUAAGAAUAAUGAAAAAACUGAUCAGAAUAAAGUAGACGCGCUUAAUAAUGAAGAAGAAAUAUCGGAGAACAAUGUAGGAACAAAUGAAAACAGCGAAGAAAAUAUUUUAGCGGAAAGCGUUGAAUUUGUUGAAAAUAAAGAAACUAAAGAAAAUCCUGUAGAUAAAGUCACUAUUAAAAGGGGCAAAAUCAUGAAACGGACUAAAAGUGGGAAAUAUGUAAGAAAAACUGUAUCUAAUGUAAAACGCGUGACUAGGUCAGAAUCUGCUAGUUUACAGAAACCGAAGAAAAAAGUAUCAAGAGAAUUAUUAAAACUACAGGAAGACAUUAGAGAAAUGUUUAUAAGCGACGAUAUUUUAAAUGCUACGGGAAUUAGAAUGUGUCGCUUAGCAAAGCUUGUGGAUGAAAAAACUGCAAUUCAUAAAGAUAAUGUUAGUGGUGUUACUGAUACCGAGCCAGUUGUUGUUUUAGAGAAAUUCAAAAAUGCUCCUUUAAAUUUAGAAACACCACUUCCAGACAGUAAGACCAGAAAGAUUAUAAAAAAGAAACCUGGCCCUAAAUCUAAAGUCCUUAAGGGUAGUUCUAUUAACAUAGAAACAAAAAUAGAAAAAAUAAAACACAAAUACAAGCCGGGUCCAAAGUCUAAAACAAAAGUUGCUAAAAACCCUGAUGUGGAUCCCUAUGAAUUUGAAACGGAUUCUAUUACAGAAUCAAGUAUUAGUAAGAUCAGUGAAGGUAGUUUAAAAGAAAGCUCAGAUUCAGAAAGCGAAUCUUUAGCAUCUUCUAAAAGCUUUGAAAGCGCAGAGACAUUAUUUGAUGUAAAAAAGAAACCAAAACGCAAAAGACCUGCUUGGAAUGCGGGGGUUAUUAAACCAAAGAAUAGAAAACGGAAGGCUGACUGUACAAAAAAUGUAGGACUGGUACAAAAAACCGAAACCUCUCCACGGAGAGAGGAAGUAACAAUACCAGAUAUGAAUUGUUUUACGGAUAAGACAUAUUGUUUCUUAAAAAAUGUCAGUACAUACUCUUGUCGUUUAUGUGUUUAUAGUGGUAAUGAUAUAGUAGCUCAUUAUAAAAAGCAACAUCCACAUUCUGAGAUACCUUUGUCUCGAUUGAAUCCAGAAACAGCAAAAGAAGCCAUAGAACAAUGUGAAGAUAUUAAUUUCCAAGCCAUUAGUAAAAUACCUAUGAAUAAAUUUGUAUGCAGAUUUUGUCAUAGCAAAGAAUUUGGUAAAAAGAAAAACGCAUUGGAGUCAUUUUUUUGGCAUGUCGUUAGCACACAUACUGGUGAAUAUAAACAACUUUGUUCAAAUUGUAUCAACAUUACCAGAUGCCCAUUCAAUUUAGAUAUUCCUCCUCCUCCAAAAGAUACGAAGGGUCAACUUAUAGGUUACAUAUGCGGAAAAUGUAAUUUCACACAGAUAUCUUUGGAGAAUCUCAAAACUCACGUAAUAGUUCGCCAUAAUGAUGAACAAACAGAAGUUUAUACAAUAAAUUUGGCAGUGAUGUCUAAAAAGUUGAUAAAUAUUUUCUCAAGACAAAAUAGUGUAUCUGAAACGGACCAACCACGUAAACUCCGAUGUACUCGUUAUAAUCAAAGUAUGACCGAAACGAGCGAUGACCGUAGUGAUGUUACUGAUACUAAUGAGUCUUCAUUUGAGAUGGCGACCGACACGACACAAACUGUAAAAGAUAAGAAAAAGACAGUGGAGGUCCUACAUAAGUCUAGCUUUCAAUCAAAGAUUACCUUCGAAAAUGAUGAUAGUGAAAUAUCAAACAUUACAAAUGCAGACGAUAUCUCAAAGGUUACAAUAAAACAAGAAAAGGACGAUGACGAAGUACGACAAGAAGGUAGACUUUUAGAUGAAAAAUCUCAUACAGAAAGUGGACUUAACUCUAAAAAUGUUGGAACCCGAACUGAAUCCAAAAACACUACCAGUUCAGAUAUAUUUGCGUAUCCGCAUUUCAAGAUUGCCUACACAGAAACUGGAAACAAAGAAUUUGUAUGUUGUAUAAACGGAAAUGACAGACAUUACAAGACAUCGCUUCUGAUAUCUAUGAAGAAGCACGUACAAAUCAAACAUAAAGAGAAGUGGGAUGGAUAUUGCUUUAUUUGCAAAGUGAUUGUCACACCUCAAGGGCAGCAUCUAUUUAAAGACUGCUUACAACAUUUUCUUGAUAAACAUAUAGAUGGUUUUCCUGUAUUGGAGAAGGUGGCAAGCGAGCCCGAGAAACCAAUCGAGGCAUCAGCACCCGCUCCGAAGGCCUAUAUAAAUGUUCGUCCAUUAUCAGAAUUGAAAGAAAUUGGCAACAAAUCGGUAGAAGUGGGCUCAGCUGUUUUGCCAAAGAUUGAGAGUGUUGUUAGCCUUAGCAACACUGAAUCCAGCUCGAAUUAUCCAGUGGGAUCCGUGACAGAGAAGCGGACGGGCACGGUACCGCGUCCAGAAGAUGAACAAUAUAAGUUUGAAGAGGCACAAGUUGAAGUUAUGUCUAAAAAGUACCAUAUAGUUCUGGAAGCUAUGAUGACUAAAGAGAAGUUAGUGAAUGUUUACAAAUGUCCCGGACGAUUUUGUUCUUUCACCACUGACUCUGCUGACGUAGCUUUGAUGCACGCGUUGACGCAUCAGCAGAUUGGUGGCGAGAAUGCAUUGAGGUGUGCAUAUUGCGAUUUUGAUUGUGGGGGCCACCCUAUAGAUUUAGUGGUCCACGUGUUCAAACAUGGUGCGAGUCCAUUCGUUUGCGGGUACUGUUUCUACAGAGCGGUAGUCAGUCAGUUGGUUAUUGCACAUAUAAACAGAGCCCACGCCGGCAAGCCAUUGCGCGUGCUUCACGCGACAAAUGCUGCAGCGCCACCUUCCCAAAAUGAUGCUGUCAUGUUAUCCCGUGAAGUCGUCGUUCCUUACUACAUAUGUAGGCACGAGGAAAAAGACGGACGGUGUAAAUUCCGUACUUACACUGCGCGCAAAUUUACUGAUCACCUACUGCAGCGUCAUUCGGAUGCCACGUAUCACUGUUGCCACGAGUGCUCGGCGCAGUUCUCGACGCCGCCCGAGCUGGUCCAUCACAUGAAGGAGCAUAACUAUAACCUGUACCAAUGCACGUGGUGCUUGCACGGCGCUGAUGGCGAGUCCGAGCUGCUGUCUCACGCCGCCGCCGCGCACCCCACUCGCCUGCCGCAGGCCUACCUUCGCAUCAUCACUACUAAGGAGGGUUCCUCAGAGUACAGAGUUCUGCCUUUAGCAUCCUUUAACAAGUCCAAAGUGACAACUAUAGAGGUAACACCAAAUCCAACCAACGAGAACCCUGUCAGGGAGGCCGAGAGGUCUAUCGAACUAGAGAAGCUUAUUGGCUUCACUACACAAUUAACUAUGUCAAUGGAGACCGCAGAAUCUGAAGUAGACAAAAACAGAGAAGACAAUAGCCAGUUUUCCACUGAUCUACCACAAAAUAUGGCAGUACUCGAACCUAUCCUGGCUGGUUUGAAUAGAAAUGAUCCUCUCCCACCACACACGACUCCACCUCAUCCUUCGACGUCUCAACCGCAAGCAGAUUUAAGUCAUCAAGAUACUUCCGUACUGAAAACUGAACCUGAUUCGGCAACACCUUCGAAAGAAUCAUCAGAUGACGUUGUCUGUCUAGAUAGUGACGACGAUUUGUCUAGACAGACCGUGAUCGAUCUGUCUGAAGAAGAUGCGAAUCGAUCGGAUGCCUCAAAAGCAGCAGAUGGAUAUAAAAAGAUCCCGGAAACAUUAUUAUUCAAAUGUCCGAAAUGUAAACUGGUAUUUAAAGGCGGCCCUGGGCUAAAAAUACAUUUAACUUCAUGUUACGGAGGUAUCGUCUUGAAUAUUCCGUGUGCGCACUGCUCCAAAAUGAAUGAGAAUAAAGAACAACUCGCUGCACACUAUGUCAGGGAUCACGGCGUGAAGAGUAGCUAUCUAUGUGGUAUUUGCGGCGCGCCCAACGUCUCAUUAGCAAUGGUAAAAAAACACGUUAAGGCUGAGCAUAAGGUGACAAAAAUGGUAGUAUCGGCCAAAUAUGCAGAAGAUGGCACCUUUGAGCAUACAGUGACAGCGUCGAGCAAGCCCGCAAAAGCUAUGCGAGCACCAAAACGAAAACUUUCAUCGAGCAGUGGAUCUGAAUCACAGCCGAAGCUCAAACGAUACGGGCCACAGGAUAUCGAUUUGUUGCCUAUCAACCCCAUACUUGAUGAUCUAGUGCAUUGCUCAGUAUGUAGUUUCAGUACGAAAGUCCGCUUGAACAUGGUGCGGCACCUGCAGUUCCACGCGGAGCAGCAGCCCGUGCCUCAGAUGGCGCCGGUCAAUCCUGUACCCCAUUUAGAAACAAAUGAAAUGCACUUUGAUAAAAUGGUUAACCUCGCUUCUAGCUCUAUUGUUAAUCGAGUCGAAAAGGCAACAAGAUCGGAAUCGGCUCCUGUGGUGUCCACGUUCAUACCUCCCGAAGUAGCAUCCAGGUAUCCUAAGUAUGUGCCUGAACGGCAACGCCACACCUGCGGCGCCAAAGGCUGUUCCUAUAUCUCAGUGGACGAAGCCAUGCUGAAAUGUCAUUGGGAAACUUUACAUUCAGGGUCGAACAAUUUCCACUGCGUACAUUGCCCGCCUUAUCAGCAUUUGGAUACAUCAAAGCCUUUGACGGCUUCGCGUAUAUUAGCUCAUCUGAAAAUGCACGACACGACAUUGUACGCUUGUUCUUCCUGUUCGUAUUAUCAUUAUAAGAGACAGGUUGUAGAGAAACACUUGUCAGAGAUUCAUAAAGGUAGUCAAUUGAUGGUUGUUAGGGAGGAAACCACAUCUGCACCCAGCACACAGCCUACACAGCCAGUUGUAACUGCACCGACUAUGGACUUGAAGCCUUGGCAGUGUGGACUGUGUAAAUUCAAGAGCAUGCUCCGACCAGAAGUAAUAGAACAUUGCGCAAAGUUACACCAGUCGAAAAUGCAGUUUAAAUGUGCAUAUUGUCCCUUCAGAACAUCUACAUUAGAGAAUGUUACUAAGCACCAAUCAAAUGCGCAUUCAGGAAAAGUUGAAGAUAUUUUCUAUUAUUACUACCGUGAGGGUUCCAUUCCGGACGAGCCUGAUGGUAAACCUCGCUGGCUGAUUCAGCGUCAAAAGGCUGGCUUGACAGCGGAGGCGGAGGUCAAGACAGAGGUUCCUGAUCCAUCCCUGCCUAAGGAACCUAUGAGUUCAGUUCAGUCACCACCACCGCUAACGGUUGAUCUCAAUAUUGUAAAGAAAGAAGUGGACGUAAUACCUGCUACAGAGCUCUCAAUGGAAGACCUCUGCAAGAAGUAUGGCAAUUUCUGUGAUACAAAUGGACUGAAAUAUAAAUGUCCUCUAUGUAAAGUGGUUACCGAAGAUGAUAAGGAAUCUAUGCAGUCACAUUUAUAUGAAGAACUACAAUACAGGAAGUGGGCUUGCGUUGUGUGUACCUAUAAAGCAUUCCAUAAGGCUGGUCUGUAUGAUCAUAUGUCUUCCGAGCAUCCAGGACAGUACCAAUCGCCAAAGGAACUGCAGGUCGACGUUAACAUUGAAAAUUGGGUCACUGGAUUACUAGAACAUCAAACAAAAUUGAUUCAGAGCAAUAAAGAGAACUUGGCUAAACAAAGGAUACAGAUACCCCCACCUGUUCCUUCCACGUCCAUUGUACAUAAACCGGCGGUAAUACCAAGUAGCUCAUCUAAGGCCAAUAUGAAGGAGCUUGAGCAAGCUUUCGGUCCAUUCGGUGGACCCAGCAAUUCCUUAUUCAGUUGCCCAAAAUGUGCUUUCAAAGUGAAGGACGAGGUCGCUAUGUACGCCCACUUGGAAAGUGAAUUGACUAAAAUUAGAUGGUGUUGCAGCAAAUGUUCAGAUAACUUCCAAACGUAUCACGAAGUGCAGUUCCAUUGCAAGAGUGUCCACGAUGGACAGUUCGCUCGGCCCAUAGAGGCUAUACGCGACACUGCGAUACGAACUUCUUGGGUCACCACCGUUAUACAGGUGCAAAAACUCGGUAUGAAAAACACCCACAUGGAAAGCAUCGAAUCCUCAUCGGAGAAAUCCGACGUCGAUAAUUCUUUAUUAGUGGUUCGAUAUGAAGAAAACAUCCACAUACCGGAAGAAGUAGUCCGAAGAAAAAGACCAGCUCCGGGGCCCUCCGGAGACAGUGACGAUGAAAGGCUCGUCAUAGACUUGCCAUCCGAUAAUUCACCUGUUGCUAAGAAAUUUCAUGGAAAAUGUCCAUAUUGCGAGUUUGAGACAAACACACGAUCUGAACAAGUUGUCAGAUGCCACAUUCUCAGGCACUACAAUCUGAAACCGUACAAGUGCCCGAUUUGCGAUUACAACAAUCAUAGGCCGGCCGUGGUGAGCCACAUUGAGGUGAAACAUUCAAACACCUCUGUACAUCCCACGCCCGUUGCCAUACCAACUGGCCCGCCGCUGAUUUUAAACCUUCAGGAGCAGAAGUUUAGGAAAACGGCUGACGCGGAGGACGAUGGCCAGAAAAGUGUUUGCUUAUUGUGUGAAAAGCUUUUCACCGAAACGGAAACCUUAAGCCAUAUGCACGAUAAUGUGUCUCCCGAUUUCGCCAAGAAAGGCGACGUAGUGGUCAAAUGCUGCCUGUGUCUUUCUCUCUGGAAAGACGUUCCCAAAUUACAGGAGCAUCAUAACAGUGUUCACUCGAAUGUACAAAUAAAUUACGCUUAUUUCCGGCUGCUGCAUGACACGAGAAAUGUUCAGUGCUGCGGCCAUUGCAACAAACAUUUUAAAUCUAUCAGGGAUUUGAAACGGCACCAUGAGGCUGUUCACAGGUCUCUAACGUUAAAGAGUAAAGUCAUACCUUUCGUGCCGUCAACUGUAGUUAACUUUGACGACGCAGAGGCGGCAAAGGCUUCCGAUAUGGGACCUUCAAUUAAGAGAGUCGCAAAAAAGUCCACGACCAAAUUACCAGUGCAGAGAGUUGCCAAAAAAUCAACAACCAAGUUGCCCCUCCAUUUUAACCCUGAUCUCGAGGAAUAUUCAUAUUACGGGCAAAAACGAGCGCCUCUUGAAGACUUCCCGAAUGUAACUACGCUUAUGCCAUUCUACAAUAGAAUAAUGUCGUUCCCCAUAAAGAAAUUAAGUGAAAUUAUCGACAUUGAUCCUAAAGUUGUUGUGAAAGAUUUUAAAAGUGGGACACAGUGAUUGUGAUAAACAAUAAUAGUGUAGUGUAGAUUUAAAUAACCCAUAGUUGUCUUAGAUUAUUUAUGGACGUUUGAAGUUGCAUUGGUUGAUCUUGUAUUGCCAAAAUAUCAAAAAUAUAAUUAAGUUCUCAAAGUGUAGCUUCCUAUAGAUUUGUCAAUGCAACUUGUAUGAACGAUAUAAAAUGUCUACGGCAACAUAAUCUGUGAUUAUAAUAUUUUAUAAGUUUUUAAUAUAAGUAAUAUUUUAGUUGUUGUUAGUAUUACACACCUCGUGAUCGUAACAAUUGCGGCAUUUAUAUUUUUGUAGAACCAACUGCUUAUUGCUAGGUUUACUCUUUUAGUUUAUAGUCUUAGUGAUUUCUGUAUUCCCGAUAUGUUUUCGAUUGUACAGAUUAAAAAAUAAUUUUUAAUACGAAAAAGUGGUUAGUGACCAAAUAUUAAUAAUGUGUAGAAAAUCGGAUAUCACAAAAUUAAUAUUAUGAUCUGUGCAGACGAGGGACAAUUGGUCUGUGAAUAUUUGACUCCGGAUUUGAGAUCUGAGGACGGUGAACGGUGCUCGGAUAUCAUAGGAGCAUAUAUUUUAGACUGUUAUUGGCUACAUUUAUACGAAAAAAAAUCUAUGUACAGACAAAUUGUCUGUUGUACGAGGUCUGUCCGGAAAGUUCGUAUAAAAGUGUUCUGGAAUGCGAGAAAGAGGAGUGGGGAGGCCAGGUAAGCGCAGGACCCCUUCCUUAUGUCCCUAACAAUGCUUCAGUUCUGGUCUGACCGCCGUGCGGUGCGAACUGGCUUGUCACGCCAUCUGUGAAGUUACCUCUUAACGAAACCCCGUCGGCAUGGAGCCCGCUUCCGUUGAAGAGCAGCGCGUCGUAAUCAAGUUUCUCUCGAAACUCGGCAAGAAUGGCCGUGAAAUUUUUGCCGAUCUCAGAACAGUUUAUGGGGAUGAUGCUAUGAAGGAACCAACCGUCCACAAGUGGCUAAAAAGAUUCAGAGAGGGCCGAGACAAUGUUGAUUGUUUUUUUCGAUGUUCGGGGGAUUGUCCAUCAAGAAUUCGUCCCUCCAGGCCAGACAGUUGAUGGAAAAUUCUACGUCGAUGUGCUCAGACGCCUCAAAGCUCGUGUGGCACGAGUUCGUCCAGAAUUGGCGCGAGAGGGGCGUUGGAUUCUUCACCACGACAAUGCCCCUGCCCACACCUCUCUUGUUGUCCGUGAGUUUUUGAGUAAAAAUUCCAUUACGGUGACCGAACACCCCCCUAUUCGCCGGAUUUGGCCCCGUGUGACUUCUUCUUGUUCCCAAAAACCAAAUUGGUACUUCGGGGGCGGCAUUUGGGGGACAUAAAUGAGAUAAAAAAAGCUACGACGGGGCAGCUGAGAAACCUACAACCAGAGGACUUUCAAGGAGCCUUCUCACAGUGGAAACGGCGUUGGCACAAGUGCAUUAUGUCACAGGGGGAGUACUUUGAAGGGGAUAAAAUUGAUUUACCUGAAUAAUUGUAAAAUAAAAUUUUUAAAAAACUUUUAUACGUACUUUCCGGACAAACCUCGUACGCACAGGUUCUAGUAAUACACUUACCAACUUGUCAAAUAGUCCCAAAUACACGUUAGAUUAAGGUUUAAUAAAUCACUGAUUUGUUUCAUUUUGUGAUUAAGUAUUAAUUUAUUUUUUUUAUACGCUCUUAAGUUAGGAUGUUACUCUAGCAUCGAUUACGUUUCCGCUUCUCAGCGGUUUUUAUUACAAGACUGACUCUGACUGGGAGUUCGGGAUAUAUCUUGAAAAAAAAAAGUCUCAAGAAAUAGGUACAUACUUUUUAAUAAAAAAAUUAAAAUCCUA